AUGAGGGCAUUUCGCAGAUGCUCGAGGAUUUUGAUCCUCUGUUCGCUCUGCGUUUCGGUUUUUGUUCCUGUUGUUCUGCUCUCGUGCAGGCUCAAACACAUCAAAUCGGAUGUAUCUGAAGACUUCGUUGAAGAUUUAUCCAUCAUUAAACACAGAACGGAUGCUCACACACUAAAUGCGAUCGAGCAGGAAGGUGAAGGUUUGAAAGAACCCCAACUGGUGGUGUACAAAGAUGAAACCUCUAGUUCUGCCGUUAAUCUUAGUUUUAGUGAGGGUACAAGAGCUAGUGAAGUUAAAAACGCAGCAAAUGAUGCUGACCUAUCGGAAAAUAGUGCAACUAGGCAUGAUGCAAGUGAAAGUGCCCAGAAAGGACAUCAAGAGGGGCUUGCCUUGUCUGGGACAAGGGAAGAGUCCCACAAAGACAAGGCACAGCUUAAUCGGGUUGCACGCAGUAGGACGAGAGUAUUGGAUGAGAAGGUGAAAGAGAUGAAAGACCAAGUGAUUAGGGCCAGAGCAUACUUAACUUUCACACCAUCAAAUAGCAGUUCUCAUAUUGUGAAAGAGUUGAAACUCCGAGUAAAAGAGGUUGAACGAGCCAUGAGUCAAUCCACCAAAGAUUCCCGUGUAUCUCGGAGUUCUCUACAGAAGGUGAAAGCAAUGGAAGCUACGUUGUUAAAAGCAAGUCGUAUUUAUCCUGAUUGUGCUGCAAUGGUUAAGAAGCUCCGUGCCAUGACUCAUAAUGCCGAAGAGCAAGUGAGGUCUCAGAGGAAUCAAGAAGCUUUUCUUAGAGGACUUGGUGGGAGGACCAUCCCGAAAGGCCUUCACUGCCUCUCUAUGAGAUUGACUGCUGAGUAUUUUGCACUGGAUCCUAAGGAGAGGGAGUUUCGUCACAAAAAUAAACUACAAAAUCCUCAUCUAUAUCAUUUUGCUAUUUUCUCUGACAAUGUAUUGGCUUGUUCAGUUGUAGUAAACUCAACUGUCUCAAAUGCCAGGGAACCAGAGAAAUUGGUAUUUCAUGUGGUAACUGACUCCCUUAACCUUCCGGCAAUGUCGAUGUGGUUUUUGCUAAACCCACCUAGCAAAGCUACUGUGCACGUCAAGAGCACAGACAAUUUUAACUGGCUAACCACCAAAUACAACGUGACUCUACAAAGAGAAGGCUCUGUUGAUCCUCGAUAUACUUCUGAGCUAAACCACCUCCGGUUUUAUUUGCCAGUUGUCUUUCCAAAUCUGAAUAAGAUUGUUCUUCUCGAUCAUGAUCUGGUGGUACAAAAGGAUUUAACGAGGCUGUGGAGCAUUAACAUGAGGGGCAGAAUAAAUGGUGCUGUGCAGACGUGUAAUGAAGGGGAACCUUCUUUCCGCCGUAUGGACAUGUUUGUCAAUUUCACGGACCCUUUAAUAGCAAACAAGUUCGAUGCCAGCACGUGCACGUGGGCUUUUGGGAUGAAUGUCUUUGAUCUUCGGGAGUGGAGGCGCCGGAAUUUGACUGGGGUCUAUCUGAAGUACCUUCAUUUGGGCAACAAGAGGCCGAUCUGGACAGAAGGAAGUUUGCCCAUUGGUUGGCUCACAUUUUACAAACAAACACUUGCUUUGGAUAAUCAGUGGCAAGUCCUAGGGUUAGGGCAUGACUCUAGUGUUAGGAAGGACAGCAUAGAUCGAGCCUCGGUUUUGCAUUUUGAUGGGAUUCAUAAACCGUGGUUAGAUAUCGGGUUCGAGAGGUACAAGCAUUACUGGAGGAAACACGUCAAGUACGACCAUCCGUACCUGCAACAAUGCAAUGUUCACGAGUAG